GGUGACGCGCGCUUGGGAACAGAUUUUGUCACUCACGUCACUGUUUUCGGGAAUUGUGGUGAUUGAGAGAGAUGGCCACUGUUGUUUCUUAAUGUUCCUCGCUCUUUCUAACUAUGAUCUGAGUGACUCGGUUUUUGGAGACUUAUGUGCGUGUCAGAUGGUGGUGGCAGGGCGGAGAUGUUACAAAUGAGAAGCGGUAAAUUCGAGGAAAUACACGGAUACGUCAAUAUGGCGACAGCUGCCGCCUCCCCUGCUCGUUUUGAAUCCACGACAAUUAAGCCCCCUGCCCUGGCGGAGCCCCAAGCGUUCCUGUGAAGGAGCACCAUGACAAGAUGGCACAGCUGCUUGUACCGCCCGGACCUGACAGCUUCUGCCACUUCUGUCCCGACUCGCUUGCCGCCAUCGAAAGGCGCGUCGCCGAGGAGGAGACCGGGAGACCCCGCGUUGACCGCUGUAGCGACAGCGAUGACAACGGGCCCAAGCCCAACAGCGACCUGGAGGCAGGGAAGUCCCUCCCCUUCAUCUACGGUGACGUCCCCCAAGGCUUUGUCUCCACCCCUCUGGAGGACCUGGACCCCUUCUACUCCAAUCAGAAGACAUUUAUAGUGUUGAAUCGCGGCAAGGCAAUAUUCCGUUUCAACGCCACUCCUGCCUGUUACAUCCUAAGCCCCUUCAAUCCUCUACGGAGAAUAGCAAUUGCAGUUUUAGUACACUCGUUGUUCAGCAUGUUGAUCAUGUUCACCAUUCUGACCAACUGUGCUUUUAUGACUCUGAGCAACCCCCCGGACUGGGCCAAGAAUGUUGAGUACACGUUCACAGGGAUUUACACAUUCGAGUCUCUCAUUAAAAUCUUGGCGAGGGGGUUCUGUGUGGGGAAGUUCACCUUCCUCAGGGAUCCAUGGAACUGGUUGGACUUCAUGGUAAUCUCCAUGGCAUAUGUGACAGAGUUUGUGGACCUGGGUAAUGUCUCGGCCCUCAGAACCUUCAGGGUUCUCCGAGCCCUCAAAACUAUAUCAGUCAUCCCAGGACUAAAGACCAUCGUGGGCGCUCUGAUCCAGUCGGUCAAGAAGCUCUCCGACGUCAUGAUCCUCACCGUUUUCUGUCUCAGCGUCUUCGCCCUGAUUGGCCUGCAGCUCUUCAUGGGAAACCUGAGGCAGAAGUGUAUCCGCAACCUCGCCAAUGACACGACCCCCGACGACCGCCUGAACAGAACUCUGGGAACUCCAAACAUAAAUGGAACUGAUUUCAAUGGCACUGAUUUCAACGUCACUCGCUCCGUAAACUGGACUGAGUACAUCAACGAUGAGAGUAAUUACUAUUACCUCCUCAACCGCAGGGACGCCCUCCUCUGUGGGAAUGGCAGUGGAGCCGGGUUGUGCCCAGAGGGAUUCACGUGCAUUAAGGCGGGCAGGAACCCAGACUACGACUACACAAGCUUCGACUCGUUUGGCUGGGCCUUCCUGUCCCUGUUCAGACUCAUGACCCAGGACUUCUGGGAAAACCUCUACCAACAGACCCUGCGAGCGGCGGGGAAGCCCUACAUGAUGUUCUUUGUGUUGGUGAUCUUCCUGGGUUCCUUCUACCUGGUCAACCUGAUCCUGGCUGUGGUGGCCAUGGCCUACGAUGAGCAGAACCAGGCCACCAUAGAGGAGGCAGCCCAGAAGGAGGAGGAGUUCCAGGCCAUGCUGGAGCAGCUCAAGAGACAACAGGAGGAGGCAUUGGUUGCCGCGGCAGCAACCACAGAGAGCCACGAAGAGUACAGCGGGAGAGGGGGGCCCUCCUCAGAAGCCUCCUCAGGGACCUCCAAACUCAGCUCCAAAAGCGCCAAGGAGAGAAUGAACCGUCAGAAGAAGAGAAAAGAGAGGGGCGAGCACGAGAAGUUCCACAAGUCCGAGUCGGAGGACAGUAUCAAGAGGUUAAGCUUCCGGUUUUCGAUAGAUGCCAACCGGCUGUCCUACGAGAAGAGAUGCUCCUCACCCAACCAGUCUCUCCUCAGUAUCCGCGGCUCCCUCUUCUCCCCGAGGAGGAACAGCCGGGCUAGCCUGUUUAGCUUCCGAGGCCGCGCCCGCGAUGUGGUCUCCGAUAACGACUUCGCCGACGACGAGCAGAGCACGUUCGAGGACACCGACAGCCGCCGCGGCUCCCUGUUCGUGCCUUGCCGUGUUGAGCGCCGCUCCAGCACGGUCAGUCAGACUAGCCUGGCCCCUCAGCGCGUCCUGCUGCCCGCCAACGGCAAGAUGCACUGCACCGUGGACUGUAACGGCGUCGUCUCGCUAGUGGGAGGGACCUCGGUGCCCACCUCGCCUGUAGGACUGCUCCUGCCUGAGGGGACGACCACUGACUCUGAGAUGAGGCUGAAGAAGAGGAGGUCUCGCCAGGCUUCCAUGGCCUACCUAGAUGAGCCAGCCAGAGCCAGAGCUAUGAGUGUGGCCAGUAUUCUCACCAACACCAUGGAGGAGCUUGAAGAGUCCAGGCAGAAGUGUCCACCAUGCUGGUAUAAGUUUGCCAACACCUAUCUGAUCUGGGACUGCUGUCCUAUGUGGUUGAGUUUCAAGCGGAUCGUCAACACGGUGGUGAUGGACCCCUUCGUGGACCUGGCCAUCACCGUCUGCAUCGUCCUCAACACCCUGUUCAUGGCCAUGGAACAUUAUCCCAUGACCACGGAGUUCAACCACGUCCUCUCUGUCGGGAACUUGGUGUUCACGGGCAUCUUCACGGCUGAGAUGUGUUUCAAGCUAAUCGCUCUGGACCCCUACUACUACUUUCAACAGGGAUGGAACAUAUUUGACGGCAUCAUCGUCAGUCUGAGUCUGAUGGAGCUCGGCCUGGCCAAUGUAGAGGGCCUGUCUGUGCUCCGGUCUUUCCGAUUGUUGAGGGUGUUCAAACUGGCCAAGUCUUGGCCCACCCUGAACAUGCUGAUCAAGAUCAUCGGUAACUCAGUGGGAGCGCUGGGUAACUUGACACUGGUCCUAGCCAUCAUCGUGUUCAUCUUCGCCGUGGUGGGCAUGCAGCUGUUCGGCAAGAGCUACAAGGAGUGUGUGUGUAAGAUCGCAGACAACUGCCAGCUGCCCCGCUGGCACAUGCACGACUUCUUCCACUCGUUCCUCAUCGUGUUCCGGGUGCUGUGUGGGGAGUGGAUCGAGACCAUGUGGGACUGUAUGGAGGUGGCUGGCCAGAGCAUGUGUCUCAUCGUCUUCCUGAUGGUCAUGGUUAUAGGGAACCUGGUGGUCCUGAAUCUGUUCCUGGCCCUGCUGCUCAGCUCCUUUAGCGCCGACAACCUGGCGGCCACAGACGACGACAGCGAGAUGAACAACCUGCAGAUCGCUGUGGGCCGCAUCCAGAGGGGCGUGGCCUGGGUCAAGGUGACCAUCCGACAGGUCAUUCAGAGCCUGUUCCUCGGGGGCGGAGCCACCAAAGGGGUCAAGGAGGAGUCACUGGAGGAGGGCAAGCCCCUGGACGAGCUCCACAGCUCCAUCAACGGCAAGGGGGGCAACUGCAUCUCAAAUCACACGUUGGUCGAGAUCAGUAAAGAUCCGAGUGGGGUCUAUCUGAAGGAGGGGAACGGGCGGCCCGGAGGGGGGUUGGGAGUGGGGCUAGGAGAUAGUACGGAGAAUUACCCGAAGGAGGAGUGCAACUACAUGUCGUUCAUCCACAACCCCAGCCUGACGGUGAGUGUGCCCAUCGCGGUGUGCGAGUCAGACUUUGAGACCGCUAUCACGGAGGACUUCAGCAGCGACUCGGCCUCCGAGGAAAUGUCGAUGGGCAGCAAAGAGAAGCUACCUGUAGAGUCCCGGCAACUUACCUCGUCGGAGGGCAGCUCGGUGGAUAUCGGGCCCCCGGGGGAUGGAGCUGAGUCAGUGGAGCUGGAGGACGAGGAGUCAGAGGACCCAGAGAACUGCUUCACUGAUGGCUGUGUGCUCAGGUUCCAGUGUUGCCAGGUCAACGUUGAGCAGGGCAAGUGGAAGAUGUGGUGGACCUUGAGGAAGACGUGUUUCAUCAUCGUGGAACACAACUGGUUCGAGACCUUAAUCAUUUUCAUGAUCCUGCUCAGCAGUGGAGCUCUGGCGUUUGAAGACAUUUACAUAGAGCAGAGGAAGACCAUUAAGGUAGUGCUGGAGUACGCAGACAAAGUCUUCACUUAUAUCUUCAUCCUGGAGAUGCUGCUGAAGUGGGUGGCCUACGGAUUCAAGAAGUACUUCACCAACGCCUGGUGUUGGCUGGACUUCCUCAUUGUUGAUGUGUCUCUGGUGAGCUUGGUAGCCAAUGCGUUAGGCUACUCUGAGCUGAGUGCCAUCAAGUCCCUACGAACACUGCGGGCCUUAAGACCCCUGAGGGCCUUGUCGCGGUUCGAGGGCAUGAGGGUGGUGGUGAACGCCCUCCUGGGUGCCAUUCCGUCCAUCAUGAACGUGCUGCUGGUGUGCCUCAUCUUCUGGCUCAUCUUCAGCAUCAUGGGCGUCAAUCUGUUCGCAGGGAAGUACUAUCACUGCGUCAACACCACCAACGACGAGACCUUUCCCAUCGAGGUGGUCAACAACAAGAGCGACUGUCUGGCCCUGGCCAAUGACAGCGCCCGAUGGAAGAAUGUCAAGAUCAACUUUGAUAAUGUCGGGGCCGGGUACUUGGCCUUGUUGCAAGUGGCAACGUUCAAAGGUUGGAUGGACAUCAUGUACGCAGCUGUGGACUCUCGUAAUGUGGAGCUUCAGCCCCAAUAUGAACAGAACCUCUACAUGUAUCUGUACUUCGUCAUCUUCAUCAUCUUUGGCUCCUUCUUCACUCUCAACCUCUUCAUUGGUGUCAUCAUUGACAACUUCAACCAACAGAAGAAAAAGUUUGGAGGUCAGGACAUCUUCAUGACAGAGGAACAGAAGAAGUACUACAAUGCCAUGAAGAAGCUCGGCUCCAAGAAGCCCCAGAAGCCUAUUCCCAGGCCAACGAAUGCAUUCCAAGGCUGUGUGUUUGACUUCGUAACAAAGCAGGCUUUUGACAUUGUCAUCAUGAUCCUCAUCUGCCUCAACAUGGUCACUAUGAUGGUGGAAGAGGAUGACCAGACACCAGAGAGGGAAAAAAUCCUCCACUGGAUUAACUUUGUCUUUAUAGUGCUCUUCACUGGGGAGUGUACGCUCAAAAUGAUAUCCCUCCGCCAUUACUACUUCACCAUUGGCUGGAACGUGUUUGACUUUGUCGUUGUCAUCCUUUCAAUCGUAGGUAUGUUUUUAUCAGAAUUGAUUGAGAAGUACUUUGUUUCCCCAACGUUAUUCCGAGUCAUCCGACUUGCCAGAAUCGGCCGCAUCCUCCGUCUCAUCAAGGGCGCCAAGGGCAUCCGGACGCUUUUGUUCGCCUUGAUGAUGUCACUUCCUGCCCUGUUUAACAUUGGCCUCCUGCUCUUCCUGGUCAUGUUCAUCUACGCCAUCUUCGGCAUGUCCAACUUCGCCUACGUCAAGCACGAGGCGGGAAUCGACGACAUGUUCAACUUCGAGACGUUCGGCAACAGCAUGCUCUGCCUGUUCCAGAUCACCACGUCGGCGGGCUGGGACGGCCUCCUGGCGCCCAUCCUCAACAAGAAGGAGCCCGACUGUGACAGCCAGAUUGAGCACCCGGGCACCUUGUACCGGGGAAACUGCGGCAACCCGCCAGUGGCCAUGUUCUUCUUCGUCAGCUACAUCAUCAUCUGUUUCCUCAUCGUGGUCAACAUGUACAUCGCCGUCAUCCUGGAGAACUUCAGCGUGGCCACCGAAGAGUCGGCCGAGCCGCUGAGCGAGGACGACUUUGAGAUGUUCUACGAGGUGUGGGAGCGCUUCGACCCGGACGCCACGCAGUUCGUGGAGUACGACAAGCUGUCGGACUUUGCAGACGCUUUGGACCCACCGCUGCGAAUGGCCAAGCCCAACCACAUCCAGCUGAUCAAAAUGGAUCUGCCCAUGGUCAGCGGGGAGCGCAUCCACUGCCUUGACAUCCUGUUUGCCUUCACCAAGCGUGUCCUGGGAGAGGGCGAAGGCUUGGACCUCCUCCGGGGCCAGAUGGAGGAGCGCUUCAUGGCCUCCAACCCCUCCAAAGUCUCCUACGAACCCAUCACCAGUACCUUGCGGCGCAAGCAGGAAGACAUGUCUGCCGUGGUGAUCCAGAGGUCCUUUAGGCGCUACCUGGCCCGACUCGCCCUGAAGAAAGCAGCAGAGCUCUACAAGGAGCAGCCUAAAGGCAGCGUGAUGUGCGAGCUGGAGGACAAGGAGGUGCUGGUGAUAGGGAAGUUUGCUGACAACUCCACCUCCACAGAGAAAAUGGACAUGACGUCCUCCACCGCCUCGCUGCCUUCGUACAACAGUGCCACAAAGUCGGAAAAGGACAAAUAUGAGAAAGAACAGAGGGAGAAAGAGGACAGGGAGAAAGAUCUAAGAGAGCAAAAUAAACAAGUGAACAAGAGGAGAAAUGAUCAGUACUGAGACGUUUGCUUUGAAGGGAAACUUGUUUACAGUUUUGGAUUAUCGAUGUAUGCUAAAUGCUAAAUGCUAAUGUGUUGGUGUAGGGUGUGUGGUGGUGUUGGGUGCUAGGCCAAACUGAUAUGUAGCUAGCUAAGGCUGAGGCCUGAGAGCAGGUUUGGAGCCAUUUAAGGGGACUGUUCCAGGGGGUUACAUAGUAACAAGGCAGGGGAAGAUUAUUGUUAUGUAUCACUGCCAGGAGUAAGUGAAAGACGGCGACUCAAAAAGCCGUUGCGUAACCGCUUGUGAUUUUCUGUUGAGUGUUACUAUCUGACACACCUGUGUAUACUGUGAAGUUUUCUGUAGCGAGUGCUGCUGCUACCAUCAUACAUCCAGUGUCUUGAAUAACGGUCGCCGUGUUACUUAAGGUUCUUGCAUUUUUGUAUAACUUCUUUAUUUUUUUAUGGUAAGGAAUGUUUUAUCGUGUAAUUGUGAGAAUGUGUCCACUGCUUUUCACGGUUUUAAGAACACCAUGUACAGCAAAACUCAGUGACUUAACAAAUCCGUGUUCCCAAUACUAACACCACAUGCGUUUUGUUACUCCCAGAACUCUUUGUGCUCAGGCCGCAGUUUUCGUGUAUCCCUCUGGGAAUAAGCAUAGAUACUGUAUAUGUAACUAACCGGGUCUCCUGCACACCACAAGACUGUGCUAGCCCGCUGAGGUAAGGUCUGAGACUUAGCUCGGGGGAGCUAACCCAGGUGUUCAGGUUACUCACCACGUGAACAUUACAUUAUGCACACGCUUAAUUCCACAACCAAUCAUCGGUGACACUUGGCAAAGAUAUAUCCUGUACCUCUAUAUGAUUUGCUGUUGUUCUCCCCACGCUGUUUCUAUGAACACGCCCAUGGACACAGAGAUCCUGAAUGUAUGUCAACAGAUCCAUUGGGAGGGAUUCAAUGAGAUCUUCUUCAUCUUCGUAGACCUUCAUUGUCACAAAGCAAUGUGUCCAACAGAUGUAUUUUAAUCUCUCUCUCUCUCUGUGUCUCUCUCUCUCUCUGUGUCUCUCUCUGUGUCUCUCUCUCUGUGUCUCUUUCUCUGUGUCUCUCUCUCUGUGUCUCUCUCUCU